AUGAGUAACAGCACUAAUCUUGAGAUAAGCAGCAUGUCCAUCAUGAGUAACAACAGCACUAAUCUUGAGAUAAGCAGUGCGUCCACUAUGAGUAACAACAGCACUAAUCUUGAGAUAAGCAGUGUGGCCACCAUGCAUAACAACAGCACUAAUCUUGAGAUAAGCAGCGUGUCCACCAUGAGUAACAACAGCACUAAUCUUGAGAUAAGCAGCAUGUCCACCAUGAGUAACAACAGCACUAAUCUUGAGAUAAGCAGUGUGUCCACUAUGAGUAACAACAGCACUAAUCUUGAGAUAAGCAGUGCAUCCACUAUGAGUAACAACAGCACUAAUCUUGAGAUAAGCAGUGCAUCCACUAUGAGUAACAACAGCACUAAUCUUGAGAUAAGCAGUGUGGCCACCAUGAGUAACAACAGCACUAAUCUUGAGAUAAGCAGCAUGUCCACCAUGAGUAACAACAGCACUAAUCUUGAGAUAAGCAGCAUGUCUACCAUGAGUAACAACAGCACUAAUCUUGAGAUAAGCAGUGUGUCCACUAUGAGUAACAACAGCACUAAUCUUGAGAUAAGCAGUGUGGCCACCAUGCAUAACAGCAGCACUAAUCUUGAGAUAAGAAGUGUGUCUACUAUGAGUAACAACAGCACUAAUCUCAAGAUAAGCAGUGUGGCCAUCAUGAGUAACAACAGCACUAAUCUUGAGAUAAGCAGUGUGUCCACUAUGAGUAACAAUAGCACUAAUCUUGAGAUAAGCAGUGUGGCCACCAUGAGUAACAACAGGACUAAUGUUGAGAUAAGCAGUGUGUCCACUAUGAGUAACAAUAGCACUAAUCUUGAGAUAAGCAGUGUGGCCACCAUGAGUAACAACAGGACUAAUCUUGAGAUAAGCAGUGUGUCCACUAUGAGUAACAACAGCACUAAUCUUGAGAUAAGCAGCGUGUCCACCAUGAGUAACAACAGCACUAAUCUUGAGAUAAGCAGUGUGUCCACUAUGAGUAACAACAGCACUAAUCUUGAGAUAAGCAGUGUGUCCACUAUGAGUAACAACAGCACUAAUCUUGAGAUAAGCAGUGUGUCCACUAUGAGUAACAACAGCACUAAUCUUGAGAUAAGCAGCAUGUCCACCAUGAGUAACAACAGCACUAAUCUUGAGAUAAUCAGUGUGUCCACUAUGAAUAACAACAGCACUAAUCUUGAGAUAAGCAGUGUGUCCACUAUGAGUAUCAACAGCACUAAUCUUGAGAUAAGCAACAUGUCCACCAUGAGUAACAACAGGACUAAUGUUGAGAUAAGCAGUGUGUCCACUAUGAGUAACAAUAGCACUAAUCUUGAGAUAAGCAGUGUGGCCACCAUGAGUAACAACAGGACUAAUCUUGAGAUAAGCAGUGUGUCCACUAUGAGUAACAACAGCACUAAUCUUGAGAUAAGCAGCAUGUCCACCAUGAGUAACAACAGCACUAAUCUUGAGAUAAGCAGCAUGUCUACCAUGAGUAACAACAGCACUAAUCUUGAGAUAAGCAGUGUGUCCACUAUGAGUAACAACAGCACUAAUCUUGAGAUAAGCAGUGUGGCCACCAUGCAUAACAGCAGCACUAAUCUUGAGAUAAGCAGUGUGUCUACUAUGAGUAACAACAGCACUAAUCUCGAGAUAAGCAGUGUGGCCACCAUGAGUAACAACAGGACUAAUCUUGAGAUAAGCAGUGUGUCCACUAUGAGUAACAACAGCACUAAUCUUGAGAUAAGCAGUGUGUCCACUAUGAGUAACAACAGCACUAAUCUUGAGAUAAGCAGCAUGUCCACCAUGAGUAACAACAGCACUAAUCUUGAGGUAAGCAGCAUGUCAUUCUGA